AUGUUUGAAUAUUGUCAACCUGAUCGAUACAUUCUUUCAAGUUUAUGUCCAUAUUCAUGUUCAAUUGUUGCUUUUGCACUUCGUAUGGGUGGAAUAUUAGAUCCUGAAUUUUUAAAUCAAUGUCAAAUAACAGAUAAAAGAUUAAAAGAACAAAUCGAUGGAUUAAAACAAAUUCCAUUAAAAUUUGAACCAUUACCGUCUACAUUUGAUUAUCAAGAAGAACUUUUUCUUGAUAUGGGUAUACCAUAUAAACAACAAUUUUAUGAUUCAUGGGAAUUUAGACAAUAUAAUUCAUGGUUAAAUGAUGGAUAUCAAUGGAAUAUAAACGAUACAUUAAAUGAUGAUCUUAUUAUUUAA